CAUAUUAGCAAAAAUAAUACAAUGGCAGCAGGCUUAAAAACUUACAAUCUUUGCGCCUAUUUGAUCUUGAGUCUCACAGCAUGUUCUGUGAUGGCCUCUUCGUCCUCGUCUCAAUCAAUCAAAGGCGCCUACUGGCCUUCAUGGGCGAAGAAUUUUCCUCCAUCUUCCAUUGAGACGUCGUUUUUCACACACAUAUACUAUGCAUUUCUCAUUCCUAACAAUGUAACAUUUAAGUUUGACAUAGAAUACGCUACAGAGGUGGAGCUAGUGAAUUUCACGUCCACUCUUCAUGCAAAGAAGCCACCUGUGAAGACACUCUUCUCCAUUGGUGGGGCAGACGAAGGUCCAGUUUUCUUUGGACGAAUGGCCUCGAGUCCUUCAUUGCGUAAGAAUUUCGUCGAUUCAAGCAUAGAAGUGGCGAGAAAAUUCGGUUUUGAUGGGAUUGAUCUCGAUUGGGAAUUUCCUCAAACGCCUAAGGACAUGGAAAACUUGGCCUAUUUACUUGACGAAUGGCGCCUGGAGGUCCAGAAGGAAGCCAAAAUCAGCAACCAGCCACCGCUCCUCCUCACUGCCGCCGUCUAUUUCUCAGCCAACUUCUUCCUUUCAGGGACCUACAGAUCAUAUCCUGCAACCUCCAUCACCAAAAACUUAGACUGGAUCAACGUAAUGAAUUAUGACUACCAUGGCUCUUGGGAUACUUCCACCACAGGCGCCCAAGCUGCACUAUUCGACUCCAAAACCAACAUAAGCACAAGUUACGGCCUGGGUUCAUGGAUCAAGUCAGGCGUCCCAAAGAGCAAAUUGGUCAUGGGUUUGCCCUUAUACGGAAGAACAUGGAAGCUUAAGGACCCCAAAUCACACGGUGUAGGAGCACCGGCCAUUGACGUAGGACCUGGUGAUCAGGGAGCAUUAACAUUCGCUGAAAUAGUAAAAUUUAACAGAGAUCAUAAGGCCAAAGUGGAGUAUGAUGCGGAGAGUGUAUCCAUGUAUUCAGUGGCUGAUACUACCUGA